UCCUUCUCCAUCCUUCGCUUGUUUUUCCAGAACCAUCAAGCAGAGAGAGAGAGAGAGAGAGAGAGAGAGUAGAACCCUAGAAAAUGGAUAGCAAAUCGAGCCGAAAAGCCAGAGAUGAACGCGAGAGAGAUAGAGAUUCAAUCGAUGAAUACAGAGAUUCAAGCAAAAGCCACAGAGAUCGAGACCACAAGCAGCGAAGCAGCAAACUAAAAUCCAGAGAUGCCGAUGACGAUCACCACCACCACCACUCCCACUCCGCCGAGAAGCACCGCUCCAAGCACGAAAAACAUCGAGACCGAGGCGGCGAUGAUCAUCACAGAUCGAGAAACGAGAAGGACGAUAGCCGGAGAUCCAGAGAGUACUCUCAAGACCGCGAGAGAUCGCACGAGCCAAGGAAUGAGAGGGAAAGUAGCAGAGAUAGGGCUCAUGAUCAUCGCGACAGGCGUGAGAAAUCGUAUGAGCCGAGGAGUGAGCGAGAGCGAGAGCGAAGCAGAGACAGGGCGAGUUCGCAUGAGAGAGAGGGAAGUAGAGAUAGGGCUUUGAGAGAGGAGUCAGUGGAGAGGCGGCAUUCGUCGACAUCGCAGAAGAGGAAGGAGAGAGGAGACAGCGAAGAUCGUGUCGAUGGAAGCGAGAAGAAAGCUAGGGUUUCGGAGGAGAGGAAAGAGAAGAAGGAGAGGAGGCGGUUUGGAGAUAAGGCUGAGGACGUUGCUAAGGAAUUGAACGGAGGAGAGAGGGGAGAGAGGGAAGAGAGGAGAGAGAGGAGGAGAUUUGACGAUGGAGUCAAGGAUGAUGAGGCAAGAGACAGCAAUGCGAUUUCUAGGGGAGAGAAGAGAGAUAGGAGGAAGUUUGAGGAUCGAGUGAAGAAAGAAGAUGCAGAUGUUAAUGUUGAUGAGGAUUUUGAUGAGAAAAUAGUGAAGAAACAACCAAAGUAUGAGUCGUUUGAUAUUGAUCAGAAUCAUCAGAUUGCUGCUGCCCCAAACCGGAGUGAUGCAAUAGACAAUGUUAUGGCAUCUAGGACUCUAGCGGAGGCAUCUUUGGCCCCUAGCCAUUCCCCUCCUACCAAGGUAUCUUUGAUUUCUACCCCAAAUGAAAAUAAGGGAGUUAGUAUUCCCGGGUCUCAUGAGGUUCAUGGAAAAUCUAGUACAGAUGGGACAGCUCCAGCUAGCAAAAGUGGAAAUCUCUCUCUUGAUGUUUUAGCAAAAGCCAAGAGAGUUUUACAAAUGCAAAAGGAGCUAAAAGAGAAUAUGAAGAAACUUCCACUGUCAAAUAAGGUUGCAAAUUCAGAAGGUAUGCUGAAUGUAGCGUCAAAGGAGGGUCUUAAAGCCCCAUCCUCUAGUUCUGGAUUACUUCCUACACCUGUGAGUGCAUCCACUUUACCUUCUGCUGCUGCAGCUUCUUUGCAGCCUUCUGCAAGUGGGACGGUUCCUCAAGCUGGGCUUACAGCACCCAAUUUUGAAGCUGUGAAACGUGCACAAGAGCUUGCUGCCAAGAUGGGAUUUCGGCAAGAUCCACAGUUUGCUCCUCUUAUAAACAUGUUUCCAGGACAGAUGCCACCAGAGGUUACCUUCCAAUCAAAGCCUGCCAAGGCCCCUGUUCUUCGUUUGGAUGCGCUAGGUAGGGAAAUAGAUGAGCAUGGAAAUGUGGUGAGCACAACUAAAGUAACCAACCUGAGCACCCUUAAGGUGAACAUUAACAAGCAAAAGAAAGAUGCAUUUCAAAUUCUUAAACCUGAAUUGGAUGUAGACCCAGAAAAAAAUCCCCAUUUUGAUGCAAGAAUGGGUAUUGAUUCAAAAAAGCUUUUGAGGCCUAAGAGGAUGAGUUUUCAGUUUGUAGAGGAAGGCAAAUGGUCAAAAGAUGCGGAGAUUAUUAAACUGAAGAGUCAAUUUGGAGAAGCACAAGCCAAAGAGCUGAAGGCAAAGCAGGCUCAACUGGCGAAGGCAAAAGCAGAGCCUGAUAUAAAUCCAAACCUGAUAGAGGUAUCAGAGAGAGUAAUAAUCAAAGAAAAACCGAAGGAACUGAUUCCUGAAAUCGAGUGGUGGGAUCAACCUCUUUUGCAUUCUGGUACUUAUGGCGACAUCACUGAUGGUAACAUAGCUGAAGAUAAACUGAGGAUGGAGAACAUAACUAUCUAUGUGCAACACCCUCGUCCUAUUGAGCCCCCUGCCGAACCAGCGGCACCACCACCUCAACCCCUGAAACUAACCAAGAAGGAGCAGAAGAAACUCCGAAAACAGCGGCGUCUGGCUAGGGAAAUGGAUAGGCAGGAGAUGAUUCGGCAAGGCUUGUUAGAACCCCCAAAACCGAAAGUUAAAAUGAGCAAUCUCAUGAAGGUUCUUGGCUCCGAAGCAACUCAAGAUCCCACCAGGCUUGAAAUGGAAAUCCGGAGUGCAGCUGCCGAGCGUGAACAAGCUCACAUCGAUAGGAACAUUGCACGCAAGCUCACUCCUGAUGAACGUCGUGAAAAGAAAGAGAGGAAGCUUUUUGAUGACCCGAGCACUCUUGAGACUAUAGUUUCAGUAUACAAGAUCAAUGACCUUUCACACCCACAGACCCGCUUCAAGGUUGAUGUUAAUGCCCAGGAGAACCGGUUGAUGGGUUGUGCUGUAAUUUCUGACAGCAUAAGCGUUGUGGUUGUUGAAGGUGGGAACAAAUCCAUUAAAAGGUAUGGAAAGCUUAUGCUGAAGCGUAUAGACUGGGCUUCUGCUGUGAAAAUUGAGGAUGAAGAUGGUGAUGAAGAUGAGGAAAAACCCGUCAACAAGUGCAUGUUAGUCUGGCAAGGGAGCGUUGCUAAGCCCAGCUUCAAUAGGUUUUCUGUUCACGAGUGCAGGACUGAAGCAGCUGCCCGUAAAAUCUUUUCUGAUGCUGGGGUUGGUCACUAUUGGGAUCUUUCUGUUAACUUCACUGAGGACCAAAUGUAAUUUGAGGAGCUAAGUAAUUCCCAACUAGUUGUUGGAUCGUGGUGUUGUCAAUUCGGCUUCUUUGCUUCGUAUUUCGGUUAGGUUCAACGAUGUGGUAAGUUCUUGAGCUAUACUGUUAAUCACUUGAUGCAAGGCUCAUAAUUCUACGAGGUGAGAACGGGUGCUGCUGAUUUUUAGCGAAAUGAAUGAUACACUUGUAACUGUAUUUCUGCAUGCACAUUUUUCUGGAACAGAUCCAAAAUUCGUAUCAAUUGCACGAACUUCUGCACGAUAUUAUUGUUGUCUAUUGUGGUUUGACUUUUGAGUAUGCAGUGGUUGCAUGACUUUGUUAUGCAUUUGGAAAAACCCCUUUUUUUUUUGUUA